AAGUGAGCCAAAUGGACGCAUGCCGCAUGGGUUUUGGCCCUUUGAAAAAAGUGAGCCAAAUGGACGCAUGCCGCAUGGGUUUUGGCCCUUUCGUGCUUUCUUCUGUUUGAAGUUUGGUGGUUAUGGGGGAGUGUUUGGUGUGACCGUCUGACAUCCCUGUCUUUUCGGAGGUGAACAGUUGCUUUUGCAGUGACUUUCUGUCACAUCAGCAGACCCUGUUGCCCAUGCUUCCCGAAAAAUGAGCCGACGUCUUCUCUUUCCUCUGACGUGUCGGCCAUCUAUUGGUUACUUUUCCUGCCUCCUGACGUUCCACUAUCUCUCGCAUUUAAUGCGAUGAGUAUAAAUAGUAGAGCGGUUAUUCACUUCUCCCAUAUCUUCGAAAUUUCUAAGUGAUUCUCUCCCUUCCUUUCUCCUUUGUUCUUCUUGUCCUUCAUAUUUUUUCAAAUCCGAAGUAUCUUACUCUUGAUUUUUCUUAAUGGCGGAGAAAAAUCCUUCUCAGAAGAAAAGGAAACAACGGAGUAGGGGUCCUCCUGGCCCGGAUCAGGCCGUCAUUAACUGGAAAGAGGAGGAAUUUCAUAACCUCGUUAGGGGGCAUAACUUUCGACCUGAGUGGGGGGCUCGAUAUCCUCCGUCUGGAUCUACUGCACUGGAUGCCCCCCCCGGUUUUAUCACUUUAUAUGCUGCUUUUUUCCGAGAGGGCAAUUUUAGGUUGCCCAUUACUAAGUUUGUUGCCGGUGUUUUGAGGGGUUAUGGUCUUCAUAUCUCUCAGAUAAAUGCCAUUGGGCUUCCCCGGAUUACUCACUUCGAGUUUGUUUGCCGGUCUUAUCGGGUUGAACCAACGUUUCAGAUGUUCAACACUUUUUAUAGUGUGACAUAUUCUAGUGGUUUUUAUUCUUUUCAAGCCAGGACGGGGGUUGUCCCAGUGUGUUCUGCCCCAAUAAAGGGUAUUCAUGACUGGAAACAGAAGUUUUUCUACAUUCGUCGUGGAGUGAUUCCGUCGGAGAUGACGUACAGGCAGGUCGAUCAAGGGAUUCCAAGGGUGGAACCGUUGGAGAAUUUUGCUGCCCAAGAAUGGUAUGGGAGGAUAACGGCCAAGGCAACUGCUAUUUCUCAACUGGAUGAAAUGGCCUUGGUCGGUGCUGGGAUGAGCAUGUUAUGGGUGCCUAAGCAUCCUUUGGGUCAGCCUGUAUACAGCCAUAAGGGCAAAUGUAUGAUUCCUUCUUAUUUUGUCGGUUGUUUACUUCCCUUUAGGCUUGUUUUGUGCUUUGAUCUUUGUUGUUUUUCUGCAGUUGGUUAUAGCUUGUUGAAUGCUUUGGACCCCAAGGCUGCUGGUGCCAUGGUUGAAGCCAUCCAGGCUGAUGGUAACCCGACGUGGCUGGAUCAAAUACAAGAUCGCUUCUUGCACCCUACCGAGCAAAGUUUGAACCGAUAUGCUGCUGAGGUUCUUGGUGAGGAUGUUUUGGGUGACUUUGUUGACUCUGAUCAAGAGGAUGUCAUCGUUGUUUCCAGUGGGAGUUCUGGUCGGAGUGGUGGGGAUCUAACGUCUCGUUCCGCGCGUGCAGGUACCGUGCCUGGUGGCAAUGCUGAACCUGUACACGAGGUUGUUGGAGAUGAUGAUGAUGACGUGGAAGCGUCUAUUGAUCCGUCUGCUCAGUUGGAGACGAGGAAGAAAGCUCGGAUUGAUAGGUCUGGAAGGAAAGGAGAGGGAGUUGAGGGUGGAGCUGCCGGAUCUUCUCGUAAGCGACCCUCCAUUCUUUCUUAUCUAGAUUAUGUAGUAGUGUCUGAUACGUUGUCUGGCUUAGGCCCUGGGGAGGUGCGUCAAGGGUCAGAUCUUGAUGAUAAAGCCACUUUAACUGAGCAUAUGAAGAAGAAGGCUCUUGAUGAUCAUAAGCGUCAUCUUGAUGAACAAGCUGCUGCCCUUCUUGCGGCCAAGAGGGCCAAGCUUCAAAAGGAUGCCCCCCCAGCCCCUUCUGAAUCUGAGGUUGAUUUGGGUGUAUUUAGUGGGGGUCGAGGGAAUUUGUUGGAGAAGAUAUUUGAGGCUUCUGCUCCCCGGCCUGGUAACUUAGUUUCUGUGUAUGUUUUUGUCAUCUUUUAUUUUGUCUUUUUAGCUAAUUGUAAUUUUGUGGCAGAAUCUAAGACUAGCAAGAAGCCACGGCCGGUGGAUAUUUCGCAGAUUACGCCACCUACCUCUCCUCCUUCGAGGACUGUUGGCUUGACCCCUCCUCGAGAUGAUGCUGAUGUAACUGUGAAGGGCGGUGAAGGGUUUGAAGGUAUAUUUGAGGGAGGUGACGCUGCUGGUGGUGAUGUUGGUGGUGAUGCUGGUGGAGUUGAUAAGGGUAAAGGUAUUGAGGUGGAGAUGGAGUCUAGUGAGACUACUCCACAACAAACCAUUUACACAAAACGUCCUCCCGUUGAAGGUGGAGCCACUUCUGGCUUUGUGCGGAGUCCGCACUUUGAACAAAAUCCUGGUGAUUCCUGGGGUAACCCGGCUUGCGAUGAUUUGCCGCACGUCCCCCGUUGGGGCCUUACUCAGGGCUCCCGCAUGAAUGACUUGCAGAACUGUCAGGAGUUCUUCUCAUUAUCCCUUCCUCCUGCCGAGAGGAUGUUUCAGAAAAACCGCAGCCGAUUUGCCCUUAUAGAUGAUCAUGUUACGGCUGGGGUUAACUUCUUUGCCACCUCUCAGGAGAUUCUUCGUGAGUGGCGUUCUAUGGGAGAAGAAACUAUGGCGUUUGAGGAGGCCAAGAAGACAUUUGCUGAAGAGAAGGAAAAAUUUAAUACAGAGCAGAAGGGUCUUCAAUGGCGGGUUACUGAGGCUGAGCGGAAAUUUGAAGAGCAGAAACAGUUAAACGAGCAAAAACAAAAGGAUUGGGAGUCGGCCUGUGCUCGUACGAACGCGGAGAUGCAGUCGCAGCGUGAUGCUAUUGUGCGGCUGUCUGGUGAGAAGACUGCUCUCGCGGAAGAGGCUCAUCAAACGCGUCUUGCGGCGGAGAAGAAGGAAAAGGAGUACAUUGCGCGGAUAGAUAAGCUGGAGCUUCUUGUGCAGGCGAAGACUUCGGAAUGUGAGGCUGCUCAGCGUCUUCUUGAUGAGAAGGCGGCGGAGUGCCGUGCCGCUGAGCUCCUUGCUGAGGAAGCUUCAGCUGAUAGUAGAUGGCUGCUAUCUCGUGGUGUUCCAUUGCUUGCUGAUCGUAUCUUGAAUUCUCCUGAGCUUGCCCAAUACAUGUUUGAGUUGGGUGGGGCAGGUUAUAAUAGUGGCCGCAAGAAUGGAUAUGCUGAAGGCAGGUGUGCUGCUGCAAACAAUGAGAAGGAUUAUAAGUUUGAGCUGUAUAAAGCUGAUUGCGAUAAUGCGUAUGCGAAGAAACGGCGAGAGUUUGCAAUGCUUGAUUUUGCCGUAGUUAAGGCUGCUGGUAAGUUGGCCCUCAAAGCGGAUGGGGUAGCUUUGUUGAAGAAGGCAUUGGGAGAAGAUGAUGCUAGCGGUGCGGGUGGUGCUGGUUCCAGCCGCACUUAGUUUGGGAUUUCCGGCCUGUGCGCCGCGUACAGCCUUGUAUGGGCUUGUAAUGAUGUUUCAAGACAAUUUGCUUACUUUGUACUUUUGUGUACUUUGACGAUUGUUUGUUGCUCUGAUUGUGUUUAUGCAAAUUUUGAAAUCGUCAUAAUAUGUGCAUGUUUUAAUUACUUUGAUUAGGUGUCGCGAAUGAAUGAUGGCGCUGACAGGUGAUGUUGUGUUAUGACAACGUUUUUAUUCUGUCGUUUAAGUAUGCGCGCUUGUAUGUGAUAUA